CAUAUUCGUAUACAUACGUAUCCUUACGGAAUGCAAUGUUCACGUGCACGAAAGAGAGAAGAAUUACAAUUUCGUCCCCGUUCUUUUCCCUUCCCUUCCACUUUCCUCCCUUCCCUCUCUUUCCUUUUUCCCUCGCAAAUACAGAUUUUAUUCUUCGUGGCUGAUAUGCAAAUGAAACGGAAUUAAUGGUUGCUUGUCUCUCCGCAGGAGACGAAGAGUGGGACGACGGGAACGAGCAGAAUGUCCUGGAGGUAACCGAGCAGGAUAAUGAGGGAACGGGAAUUAAGCAGGACGAGGAGGAGGAAGAGGAGGAAGAGGAGCUGCAGAGAGCUUUCAGCCACCACUCGGAGGAGUAUCUUCAAGAGGGGAGGCCAUCUUCGGUUCAAGGAUUAGACCUGGAGAACCAGAACAGCCUCGACAGCGAAGCGUUGGGGACCGGAAGCUCGUCGUGGCAGAGCGAGGAUGGCGGCCCGAACUCGCGGCGAGGCGGCGAGACGCCCUCGUCUUGCGCGACCCCGACGUCGGCCAGUUUCCCGUCGGAGCCAGAGGUCGACGCCGACGUCGGAGUGAACGCCGACGGAAGCAACGCGACAGCCCCUUACCCUUGCCAAUUCUGCGACCGCACGUUUCCCCGGCUUAGCUAUCUCAAGAAGCACGAACAGAGUCACGGGGACCAAAUGCCGUACAGGUGCAGCUGGUGUGCCAGAUUAUUCAAACAUAAACGCAGCAGAGAUCGACACGUAAAGCUUCAUACAGGAGACCGAAGAUAUCGAUGCACGCACUGCGAGGCUGCUUUCUCCAGGAGCGACCAUUUGAAGAUCCACAUGAAGACUCACGACACGCAGAAACCGUAUCAGUGCACGGCCUGUUCCAGAGGUUACAACACAGCAGCUGCCUUAACAUCCCAUAUGCAAUCUCACAAAAAGCAUCAUCAAUCGCAAGGAUCGGCCAAGGACAUCGAUUACGGUAGGAGAAGCGUGUCCUCUCACAGUACAUCAUCGCCGCCAGUACCGAGUUCUCCAUCGCCGUCUUUAAACCUCGCCUUGAACCCGAAAUCUGGGUUGAAAAGCUCGCAGGGCAGCGCUUCGACGACGCCAAUCUUAAAUUCUCCGUUGAAGUUGGCCUGCAUGUAUUGCACCAGAGAUUCUUUCAACUGCAUGCAACAGCUCCAGAUGCACGUACAUACGAUGCAUCAAGCUAUCUUGAGCGGCGAAACUCUUGCAGUAUCUCCAUCGACAAAUAGAGGCAACGAACAGAUUGGUUAUCAACAUGGUGAGAAAAAUUUAGAUCGGUCGGAAGGAAGUUCCAAGGAGCACGAUAGGAAAUAUCAAGAUGAUUCAGAGAGAUCUGUGGAAAAGGAUCAUUAUGAAAACGCGUUUACGUGCAAUCAGUGUACCAUGAAAUUCUCCACAUUAGGCUCUUUGAGAGAUCACUUGAUCUCGAUUCAUAGAACGGACAGUUUUAACUCUGCCUUGAUGAUGUGCCCACUUUGCGGCAUUCCCUGUGCUUCAGCAGCUGCUUACGCGGAACAUUAUGUUCUUCAACAUUGUGAAAAUCGAUCGAUAGCUCCUCUGGAAAGUAAAGACUAUAUAGAUGCCAAGAUGAACGGAAGUUACGAGUCUAAAAGCUCCAGGAAUCAGAAAUGUAGGGAACAAAUGUCUUCUUCUGAGCCAGCAGAUUUAACUAGUAAACAUACCGCUACUACGGAAAAUUAUUCAGCUGGUACUCUAUUAUGCGGCCAAUGUGGAGCAGCUUUAAAGGAUUUUGAAUCCUUCAGAGAACAUCUGGCUAGACACCUUCAAGCUAAUCAUAGAAACGAUGCUGUCAGACAUUCUUGUCCCAAGUGUGAGGCCAGUUUUCAAGACAGGGAAGAUAUGUUGGUGCACUUGACAAAGCAUUAUCUAGGUCAGAUUAGUAAGGAGUAUGCCUGUGGUGCCUGCAAAAAGCUCUAUCCCCAUCCAGAUCUUCUUCAAAGGCACUUGCUCGAUAGUCAUGCACACCACCUCUAUAGGUGCGCUCUGUGCAGAGAUACUUUUGAUUCCAGAGUGGCGAUACAAGUCCAUUUUGCUGUGAAGCACAGUCAGGAAUGUAGGAUCUAUAGGUGUAACGCUUGUACGGUGUCCAAUAAUGAAAAUUCACCGGGUAAUGCACCGGGGGAAGGAAAAAGUUUCUUCAGGAGUGAAUCCGAGAUGACAAAUCAUGUGAGAAAUGUCCAUGCGCCUCCUACCGUGUCAAAUAACAGCCCUGUAGCCAGAAGCCCUGCAUCUACUCCUGGAAUAACUGGAAAUUCCGGACCGAGAUGUGUUUUCUGUGGAAUUUGUUGUACUUCUGAACUGGAAUUACAGCUCCAUUUGGCUAGCCAUUCUGCUAACUUGUAUAGAUGUCCAGUUUGUAGAGAGGGAUUUGCUGUGGAAUUUUUGUUGGACAGGCAUAUUGCUCAAGCACAUCAUUCCAGUAAUCAACAAGGUAUUAUUAGAACUAGCUCUAGAGAAAAUGGAAGGAUUGGUAGACCGCCAAGAUUGCAAGAAGAGACAAAAUCUCAAAAAAGAGGUCGUUCUCCAGCCUCCAGCAACAACAACACCGUAAAUCAACGAGACAACAAUAAUAAACGUCCAAAUUACUCCAAUACAUCUUCUCAACAGUGCGAUCUCUGUGAAAGAGGGGAAUUUUCUAAUGAAACGGAACUUCAAGCCCAUAAGAAAUUGGUUCACACUCCAGCUAAGUUUCAAAAUAAGUCCAUAACAAAUCUCAGCAUGACUUGUGCAUAUUGUGGAGAAGUAUGUCGUUCUAGAACUGAUCUAGAAUCUCAUACAAGGAUUCAACAUGCAUCAAAUGAACCUGGGGGCCGCCACAAAUGCAAUAUUUGUGACGAAGUUUGUCCUUCAGGUGCGAUUCUAGCAGAACAUAAACUGCAAAAACACUGUAAAAUUCAAUUAAGUGACACGUGUAUUGUUUGUCGAGGAAAUUUAGCCUCGGAAUCACAGUUUUUAGAACAUGUCCAAAGACAUAGCUUGGAAAACGUAGAUCCUCAGCAAAGAUUAGACGCUUCUCUUCCCCAUCUUCCUGCAGCAUGUGUAGUUUGCAGACAGACACUGAUCAGCGAUUUGGAAUGUCGUCUUCAUGCCAGACAUCAUUUGAGAGCUUCUACUGGUCCUCACAGUGUGGGAUCUAGCCCUAGUCCCAACCAAAAAAACCAGAAUCCAAGUUGUUGUCUUUGCUUAAGAGAUUAUUCUGGUGAUGACUUUGUUAAUUUGCCUCCAAGUCAUGUAAGCGGAGGAGGACAAUCUUUGAGGGUCUGCAAGUCUUGCUACAUUCGUCAUUCUCAAGGUUUACCUAUUUUGAAUUCGUAUGAAUCUGUUAGAUCUAAAUGUGAUGAUUCUUGGACAUCUAAUAAUAAAGAUGGACAAUGGGAUGGAUCGAAAAAUAAAUGGGAAUCGGAGAAUAAAUAUAAAGAGAAUAGAAAUGGAAUGAUUGAUAAUAAGAGAUGUCAAGAUUGUGGAGUGAAAUUUGAGGAUUCCGAAGAGGUGGAAAAACAUAGGAUAGUAGAGCAUGAGAAGACUGGAGCUGCAUCUAAUACGUAUACGUGUAUACAAUGUCAAAUGUCAUUCGCAACAGAAGCAAAGAUUCAGCAGCAUAUAAGGAAAGAGCAUUUGGAAGUAUCAGGAAAAACUUCUAUGGAGGCAUUACGAUGUCAUCUAUGUCUAUUUGAAGCUAAUAGUCCAUUACAGUUGCAAAGCCAUUUGAUAGAACAUACUUUUGCAGGAUGUGCCGCUCUCAGCUGUUAUAUUUGCCAAUCUCUUUUCACUGCACCUAUUGGUCUUCAGAAUCAUAUGCUUCAAGAACAUGGUUUGGGUGCACGUCCAUAUGACUGUUCCCAGUGCACAUUAAAAUUUUUCUUCAGGGCAGAAUUAGAUCAUCAUAUGUUAACAUUCCAUCGAUCCGGAGAAGUAUCCUCACCUGAUGAAGAUAUACAAAAUAACAUUGAAACAAAACUAAGAGACACUGAAAAAAAUAAUUGUGAUGAAAGAAUAAUAGUGAAAGAAGAAUUGUUACCGGAAGCUGCAGACGAAGAAGAAGAGAUUAAUGUGGAUGAGCAAGUAGAAGAGAACGAGCAAAAGGAAGAAAAACAAUUAGAAAUCGAAACAAAAUUAAAAACUGAAAUCGAGGAAGAAAACAUUCUCCAAUCUUCUGUUUCUGAGAAGAUGGAAUCGUGAUUAUUUCUCGUUGAUCGAGAAAGUAAAAAGUUCGAAUAAGAUAUAAUUUUUGAAUUAGUCUGAGACAAAAAUAUGAUAAAGAAAUUAAUGGCGUGUUCUUAGACUAAAUCAAAGCUUAAAUUAUCUAUUAAUAAUAUAUUAAUAAACUGCACAUAUAUUUUUGUUAAUUUAUAAUAUAUCUAUUCUGUAAAAGAAAGACAAUAUGUUGAUUUAUCUUAUUAUAUAAAAUUAUUGUUUUUUAGUAUAUAGUUAAGUUUUUUUCGUUUAAAUAUAAGGAAUAAGAAUCUUAAUAGAAUUUUGUUUAAAAACUAUAGAGAAAUCUUUUAUUGAAUGAUUAUUACAAUAAAAAAAGUUAUUUUAGGAUAAUAUUUAUUCGAUUUUUUGAUUAAAAUAUCUUUAUAAAAAUGUUUUAUAUUUAUUCAUAUAGUUAAUUAAAAUUUUUAUUCACAUAAAUCUUUAUUAUAUUAACAGUCCAUUUUCUAAUAUGAUUAUACGUUAUUUUAUUUUAUUAGAUUGCAAAAUUACGAAUGGAAAUAUGCAGUAAGUAUAAUUCAUAUAUAUAUAAAAUCCUCAACAUUUUGCAAAUUGUCAAAAUGGUACAAACUUGUAAAUUCGUAUAUAAUACAAGUUUUUUACUGAUAAUAGUUAUAAAUAAUUUAUGCGAAGUAUAAUUUUCUACCAGUCUAGAAAAGUUUGAAAGUUUUAUAAUAUUUUUUAUCGAAUUUUAUUAUUCUCUGUUAUCUAUACGUGAAUUUUUGUUGUUUAUUUUGGUAUAUUUUACUCUAUGCUGAAUUUGAAGUUAUAACGUUAAACUUCAUUGUUUAAUAUGUUGUUUAUCUUAACAUGCGUUAAUCUUAAUGUCGCAUAAUAUUUCAAUAUUUAAUAUAUUGAAAUAUGAGAUUAAUUUGAACAAAUAUUGUAACAUAAAAACAAUAUUAUUUCUUAUUGCACAAAUAAAAAAAAGAAAAAAAAAUAAUUGUAUAAUAUAUAAUUGCAACUGCAAUUUGUAAAUAUGUUGAAUAAUAUUAGAAUUAUAGUAUUAAUCAGCGUUUUAUCGAUUUUGAUCAUUAUUUUAAGCAACGAUUAUUAUUUAAAGGAAGCAAAUGCAAUAACUUGUCUUUAUUAAACUUAGAAAAUCAGAAAAAUAGUUCUUUAUAAAAUAAAUUAUUGUUCUAAA